AUGCAAACUAUAUCAUGGCUUCUCAAUAUUGUUGCAUGUAUUGUAUGCAUGUUUGUUCAAACGAGUAUGAUUAUUCCAGCAUUGGUAAUUAAUUGUAUUCGGCGAGCAACAAUUGUUGGUGGAAGUCAAGCAUUUAGCUUUCCAUCUGAAUAUAUUGGUACAUUAACUGGCUUAAUGUGGACAUUGGUUGGUCUUAUUGCUACUGUUCAAUAUGGUUUAGUUCAAUUAACGGAUGAUAUAACUCGUUCGUGGAGAACGUAG